GUCAACGUGACUGUCAUCAAGCAGAGGGAGAGAACAGCUAUGGAAGCCAUCCGUGGAUGAUUGCUUUUUCCCGUUGGACUUGAAAAGUGGCAGUGAGGCACUAGCCAACCGUAGAUUUUGUAGACAUAGAUACACAACGUAAAUGUUCAGGAAAUUUGUUAGACACUUGAACUCUUUAAAUUACAAUUUUGGAUAUCAUAUUGGGUUCAACAUUUCCCACGUAGCUAGCUUGCUAGUCUCAGUAGUCUGUCUCGCACAGGUAGAAUAACGUUAACGGUCGGUGACAAAGGAGGGGUAAGGUGGCGAGGUAACGAUGAAUCGGUUUCGAAAGUGGCUCUACAAGCCUAAGAGGACGGACCCUCAGCUCCUGGCCCAGUUCUACUAUGCUGAUGAGGAGCUUAACCAAGUGGCCACAGAACUGGACAGCCUGGAUGGCAGGAAAGACCCUCAGAGGUGUACUCUGCUGGUCAACCAGUUCAGAUCCUGUCAGGACAACGUGUUGAACAUUAUCAACCAGAUCAUGGAUGAAUGUAUCCCUGAUGACCGAGCCAACAGAGACUUCUGUGUCAAGUUCCCAGAGGAGAUUCGCCAUGACAACCUGGCAGGACAGCUGUGGUUUGGGGCUGAGUGUCUGGCUGCAGGCUCCAUCAUCAUGAACAGGGAGAUCGAGAGUAUGGCCAUGAGGCCUCUAGCCAAGGACCUGACCCAUAGUCUGGAGGAAGUCCGAAACAUCACGAGAGACCAGGCCCUCAGAGACCUCAACUUCUACACCGACCGCAUGAGGGACGCGCUACGCCACUUCGACAGCCUCUUUGCUGAGUUUGAGCUCAGCUAUGUGUCAGCCAUGGUGCCUGUGAAGUCUCCCAAAGAAUACUAUGUUCAGCAGGAGGUGAUUGUGCUCUUCUGUGAGACUGUGGAUAGGGCGCUCAAGCUGGGCUAUCUCAGUCAAGACAUGAUCGAUGACUAUGAACCCGCUCUGAUGUUUACAAUCCCCAGACUAGCCAUUGUGUGUGGUCUGGUGGUGUACGGUGAAGGUCCACUCAACCUGGAUAGGAAACCAGAGGACAUGUCUGAGCUCCUCCGGCCUUUUCGCACUUUACUGAAGAAGAUCAGGGACCUGUUGCAGACCCUGUCAGAGGAGGAGUUGUUGACGCUGGAGCGUAGCCUUUGUAUCUCUCAGGACGGGGAGUUCCCCUUGGUCCCUGAGUGCCCACCCACACCCACCCCAACCCCCACCAUUGCCCCAGACCUCCCUUCAUCCAGCAGCCCCACCAGCGACACUGGUGAGGAGGGGAGUGAGGAGGAGAGAGUGCAGCAACAGGAGGUGCUGUCUCUGUGCAUCUCCCACAUCCAGGAGGAGGAGGACAGGGAGUGGGAGGAGGUGAAGCGGGCGAGGGAGCAGGGUUCUCUGUGUGAGGAGGUGGAGGAGGCAGACCUGGCCUGCUCCAUGCAAUAUGAUGAGGAGGAGAUCGAACAGCUCAACAUGAUGGUGUACCGUGUGGGGGAUGAGAUGUCCACACUGCUGUCCCCUCCCAGCCAGGGCCAGUCCCCGGCCCACCGCCCCAACAGAGGGGGCUCCAGCGGGGGCUCCAGCACCGAGGCCUCCCCCCUCCGGUUCCUGGUGGGCCGGGGAAGGACAGGUCUCUACCAUGAGGAGGAGGACAGAGUCUUCUUCAUGGAGGACCUGGACGCAGGAGGGGACAUUGUGACCAGCAGCCGUUUGACCUCGCCUUCCAAAGCCCCUCAGCCCUCCUUGCCUCAGCCCCACAGACCUGGCCUCCUGACAGACUCAACCAGGAAUGGCUGGUCCACUGAUGCUCAGUCAGAUCCGUCCCAGCAGCCCCAAAACAUGCCCCCACAGUGCCCAAACACCAAGCGACCAGGCCCCACCCCCGGCCUGGAGCCCUUGCCCUACACUAACGGCUGGGAGGUGGGCCUGGAGGGGGGCGAGACUGCUGAAGUCAUUGCACACCGUAUGGGAGGGAUGAAGCUCUCGGCCACGGUCAUCUUCAAUCCCGGCUCCCCCAGCCUGACUGAGCUGGCUGUGGACAAGCUGCUCCUGCCCCGCCCCCCCCUCUCCUCAGCUACAGAGCCCUGCGGCCCCCUGGUGGCCACCCACUGCCUGCUCAACUCCUGUGUCUGCUGCGGCAGCUGUGAAGACGGCCAUGAUGACACCCUCACCAUGGACAACACAGGGCUGGGGUUGGACAAACACUGCAAGCCCCAUCCACCACACAGCUCUGUCAUCCAGUCCUCUGCCUGUCGCCUGGCCUCCUCAGGACACAACUUACAUAGGAAGGGGGACUCUCCCCCCCAGCUGACGCCCCCCUCCUCCCGCUGCUCCUUAGAGCCUCCUCCAGGGGAGGAGGAAGGGGACCAGCGCUGUGACAAGUGCCUGGUGGUGGUGGCCCCGGGAUCUCAGCAGGGCCUGGGCCAGGACAGCAGCCCCAAUGGAGUAAGGGGAGCCCCAGAGCCCUGUGUCCACCAGUGGAGGACAGUGAGGAGGCCUCAGGCCAGCGGGGGAAGGGACAGGACGGGAACCAGACAGACAGACGGGGAGUCCAAGGAAGAGAGCAAGAAGAACACUAGUUUUUUCCAGGACUCUCCUCUCAGCUCAGUCUCCAGUAGUGACUGUGAGAGUGUGUCUGUCACCACAUGUAGUCUGUCCAGCAGUGCUUACACAGCCAGCCCUGUCAGCAGUCUUACCACGAGCUCAGGGACGUCAGAGGAUCUGGACCACCAUGAGAUCCAGCUGGCCCUGCAGGCUGCUAAGAUGGCCGCCAGGAACAAGAUCCGCUCGCGCUUCCACAGCAGCAGUGACCUCAUCCACCGCCUCUUCGUCUGCAUAUCGGGUGUUGCUGACCAACUGCAGACAAACUACGCGGCUGACCUUCGAAGCAUUCUGAAGACACUGUUUGAAGUCAUGGCUACCUCUGAGCAGGGGGACAAUGACAAGCAGAAAGCAGGUCCAGGGCUGCGCAGCGCCAUGCUGGAGGACUGUGCUCUCUGUCAGGAAACCAUCUCUUCCUCUGAGCUGGCAGCCAAGGCCCGGGAGGAACAGUUCGAAGACCCCCCAGACUGGGUUCCUGAUGAGGAAUGUGACUCCUGCAUCACCUGUAAGGCCCCCUUCACAGUCAUCCGCAGAAAGCAUCACUGUAGGAGCUGUGGCAAGAUCUUCUGCUCUCGCUGCUCCUCCCACUCAGCCCCGUUACCGCGGUACGGCCAGGUGAAGCCCGUUAGGGUGUGUACACACUGCUACAUGUUCCACGUCACACCGUUCUACAGCGACAAGACUGGCAUCUGACCCCUGCUGUACCAACAGACUCCCCCGCCUCCCUGCCCCCUGCCUCUACAGAAGCAUAUCCAGGGGAUAUGAGGCUAUAUUCAAAGUAAAUCCCCAACUGCACAGAGCGACCUUAACGAUCAACUUCAUCACACUGCACGGCAAAGCAAAGCAAGGCAAGGCUUUGAAAUAGGAAGACAUGGAUGAGAGCGCAGAGAGAUGAAAUAAGGUUGGAUGUGAAGGCACAUAAACUAUGAUUAUACCCUUUCUGUUAUUUUUGAGAUGCUACUGCUGCCUGAAAGGGACCCACGGCACCUGAUGCUAUGCUGUCCUCCUCCCCUCUGACUCACUGAUGCCUGUCUGUGGAGGCAGAGGAAGAAGAAAGAAAACAACCGAUUGGAAAUAGGGUUUUGUACUGGCAUGUUGCAAGGCUACUCUGGACAGGUCCAGUGCUUUAGGAACAGCUUCUAGGGCUGUUUGAAGCUGAAAAGAGAGAGAAAGCCUGUGGAACAUUUUUGUUGUAUUGCUUGUGUAUAAAAAAAGGCCUUCUGACAUCAUGUCCUAUGCUUUAGUGGGCUUCCCACACUUGUGCCAGAGCUCUCUCAGGGCUCCGAUGUUAAUUUAAAGAAUGUAAUUCAUAAUAAACAUGUAAAUUAAGGAUGAUUAUGUUGAUAGUGAUGAUAAUCUCCGCACCACUGAUCUCACUUGUUUGGCCAAAAUGGCUCUAAAGGUUUUAAUUUUAGUUUGUCAUGUAAUUCCUGAUGCUGUAAUGAUGAGGAGGGGAAAGCAAUCCUCAUCAGGCUACCUAUCAGCGAAGCAACAAAAAAAAAGAGAUUUACUCCUAGAAUGGUUUAGGUAUAGAUUCCUCCCACGGAAAUGUGUGGAGUUUUCAGCAAUGCUUUAAACGGCAAUGAAUGUGUUAUAUCGUUUAAAGACAUGGGAUUUUGAUUUUAGCGACCAUGUCUCAAAGGACACUUAAGUUGUCUGGCCUUUUAAUAACAAUGUGGGCAGUGGCCAUUGCUCUUUCAGUCAUAACAUUUCAUGUUUUUAAUGAUUUAUCUUGUUCCCUACCCACCCCAACCUUAACCGGUGUAACUCGUCAACGUCAACCUCUGAGAUUGAUGUGGUCACAUCAGUCACUCUCUCAGGCAUUGGAUGCCCCCUAGUGGAGAGAGACUGUAAACUCCUACCACACAUCAUCAGCACCAAGAUUAUCUGUGAUUAUUAGAAUCAUGGAGUGCAUAUCACAUACUAGUUAGAGGUUCAUGAGGCUUGUCUCCCAUCAGUUGGUUAAGGCAGCAAUGUUUGUUUUUUUCCCUUCUGUGUAUAUUGUUGCAAAGCACAUUUAUCUUAAGUCAUAUUUGAACUCCCAGUGGUGGCACUGAUCAAAUCAAAUCAAAGUUUAUUUGUCACGUGCGCCGAAUACAACCUUACAGUGAAAUGCUUACUUACAGGCUCUAACCAAUAGUGCAAAAAAGGUGUUAGGUGAACAAUGGUCAAGUAGCACUGAUAGCACACUUAUCUAGACAGGUGUCACUAGAAUAGAGACACAACUCUCCGACUACACUAAGCAGGUCAUUGGUGUACAUUCUCAUUAUCUUGUUUACAUACCAGCUGCUAUUGCAGAAACAUAUGUAUUCUGUAGUGAAAUCAGUUAGAAUAUGUUACAAAUAUAGUCUCAUACCAUUAAGUUGUUAAAAAUGUUUUGUUACAUCCUAACCUGGUUAUAUACAUCAUCUCCAUACCUCUCUGCACAAUGUAGUACUGUUCCCAGUUGAUAACCACUUCCUCUACUGUUACAUCAUCAUAUUCCUGCUCCCUCUAGUCAUCUCUGAUGCAGAGGGAACGCUUCCCCAUCUGGGUUACAAUGGAGAAUGAGUUGGAGUUGAUGUGGAUAGAGGAAUGGCCAAUCUGACAUAACUGUCUCAAACAACCAUGGCUUUUUACACUUCAAGGCCACACCAGUUAUAUCAAAUCUGCGCUGUCUUAUAAGCUAAUUCUCAGGCUUCAUCUUGUCUAGACCACUCACUACUUAUACAAGUUUUAUUUUUAUUGAGGAAAAUAUAAGAACUUUUAAGAGAUUGUCAUUUUAAUUUUAUAAAGAACAGAAGUAAAUUAUGUAAAUGUAUAAAUCUAUUACUCCUUUUUCUGUAUAGAGGAAUGAUGCAGUAAUUCAAUGACUGGACGUCCUAUUACUUCAGAGCUUGUUCUUAUUUUGUAAAGGCUAGCUACAUUUCAAUAAUAAGAGCUAUGUGGAACAUUGGGAAAAUGUAAUAAUAUGAUUUAAAUGUCAUGAAAAUUAAAUGACUUCCUCUUUGAA